GUAAAAAGUGCGAAGACGGUUCCGGACAUGGAGAGGUCAAUCAGGUUUGCAGUGGUGUGCGUCGGAGUGUCUCUGCUCAUCUCCUGCCAUCCGGUCGAAGCGUGGUACAAGCAGUCGACCGGGCCCAGUUACUACUCGGUGGGCCGCGCCUCCGGUUUGCUGUCCGGUAUCAGGAGGUCGCCGUACGUCCGGAGGUCCGAGUCUGAAGAGACGAUGGUGGACAGCGGGGAGACAGCAGGUAACAACGUGAUCCCAGAGACUAACAGGCAGAUCUCCAUCCUCAAAAGCAUGGCCAUCUGCGUGAAGGACAUCUCUCCAAACCUGAGGAGCUGCGAGCUGCUGCGGGACGGGACGGGCACCUUCCAGUGCAAGGCGGACGUCUUCCUCACCCUGGACUCCCUGGACUGCCUGUCCGCGUGAGUCCCGGUCGGACCGGCGGAGACAGCCCUCAUCAUCCACCGAGCCCCGGGAGCGCUUCCCUGGAAAGCCUACAACGAAGGAAUGAGGGAUGGAUGAGUGUGUCGGGGUUCGGGGGUGAUGGCGCAGAGGAAAAACCCGAUCACUACCGAUGAAAGACAGCUGCAGACUCUGAAUGUUUUCUCUUAUUUAAAAAAACACAAAAGUGGUUCAGUUUUGCUUUGGUUGCAUAGACAGGAGUAUUAAAAAAAAAAAAAAAAAAAAAAAAAUUAGUGCGAGAGAUGUUAGUUGAAAACAUUUUCUUUCCAGAUGCCACCCCAUCUUUACUGUUUACCCCUGACAUGUCCCUGCCCUUGCCAAAAUGUAUUAAAUGUCCAGAAAGUUGACUGCAGAGCAGAUGUCCUGUAAAGUACUUUUAUUUAUUUUAUCUAUUAAAAUGAACAAACACUGGUAACUUGUUGUGUGGCCACAUUUAUCUUUAAAUAUUCAACUAGUGGGGGGUGAAAAGGGAAAAAUAAGCGUUCCGGUACUGCCGUGAUUUGUUACUUUUAUCCCUUACAUGGUUGUCUUCAAAGAGUAAAAACUAUAAAAUAACAAUCUGAGAAUCUGGUCUAUUAGACUUUUAGAGAAACAACAUGAAACACAAAGAAUUAUUCUGAAAGCGGAAGAAGGA